CGUGGUGACGCUACCGCCGCCGCCGCCAUUUUGUUCAAGCGUGAGGCGGGGGUGCGCCUUACCUGCCGCUCGGCGGGGGUUGCCAUGUCGGCCUUCUCGGAGUCGGCCCUGGAGCGGAAGCUGUCGGAGCUGAGCAACUCGCAGCAGAGCGUUCAGACGCUGAGCCUGUGGCUCAUCCAUCACCGAAAGCACUCGCCGCUCAUCGUCACCGUCUGGGAGCGGGAGCUGCGCAAAGCAAAACCAAAUAGGAAGCUGACAUUUUUGUAUUUGGCAAAUGAUGUUAUUCAGAACAGCAAAAGAAAAGGACCAGAAUUUACAAAAGACUUUGCACCUGUCAUAGUGGAGGCUUUUAAGCAUGUUUCGAGUGAAACUGAUGAGAGUUGUAAGAAGCACCUUGGCCGAGUGCUCUCUAUUUGGGAAGAAAGGUCUGUUUAUGACAAUAAUGUAUUGGAACAGCUUCAACAGGCUUUGUAUGGUGAGAAAAAUCCACGGAAACGUACAUAUGACCAAAUAAAAAUUGAAGACAACUGCUCAGCACAAAGCUCUUCAGGUGAUCCUCCACAGACUUCAGAUCUCAUAAGAGCACUACAAGAAUUAGAAAAUGCAGCCUGUGGCGAUGCAGCAGUUCAUCAAAGGAUAGCCUCAUUUCCCAUAGAAGUCCAAGAUGUGUCCUUACUAAACAGAAUAACAGAUAAAGAUUCUGGGGAACAACUUUCCAAGAUGGUAGAUGAUGCGUGUAUGUUGUUGGCGGAUUACAAUGGCAGGUUGGCAGCUGAAAUAGAUGAUAGAAAGCAGCUAACUCGAAUGUUGUCAGACUUUCUGCGAUGCCAAAAAGAAGUCCUCACAGAGAAAGAGCAAACAUUGGAAGAAUACAAGCGCAAAUUAACCAACGUGUCUCAGGUACGGAAAGAACUGAAGUCACGCCUUCAGAGCCUCCCAGAUCUGUCAAGGCUCCCCAAUGUCACAGGAAGCCAGGUGCACCUUCCAUUUGCUGGAGAGAUCUAUAGUGACAAUUGACAUUUACCCAUUUCCACUGGAGUAAGCAAUUGGUUGAGUGUAUUGAUAUUAUUUUUGUAUAUUUGUUGAAAGUAGCAAUGAAGUGUUCUAAUUUAUAAAAUAAUGGUUGCUUUGUUUACUAUUUUACUUUAAAAUGGUGAAGCAGGUACUAUGUAAGAGGCAGCUUCUAUGUCAUUUUUUAAAAAACUUAUUGUUAGAAUUACCUUUUGAACUCAAAUUGAUUAGGCCACAGUCCUUUAGCAAGUUUGUUUUAUGUUCUUACUGGCUGUAGUGUGAACUAAUGAUAGAAGAUCUGCACUUAAAUAGUAGAACCUGGUAUUUUCCUUAUAAAAGAUAACUUGUGAAACUUUACUUGAAAUGUGACAAUAAUCAUUUAUCUUCUCCCCAAAAAGUGUCUUAUUAUCACAUAAUUUGAAAACUUUGAAUACAAACCAUAUUAAAAACAAAUGUUGAAUGACAAAAAAUAACCUUAUUCAACUAAAUUAAAAUAUUAUAUGAUUUAGAAUUUUAAUUUUAUAGUAAUUUUUCAUUUUUUGAAGUGUUCCUUUGUAUGUAUUGAAGAACCAUGUGCUUCUGAAGUAAUUUCUUUUUUACAUCAGUCUUAUCCAAGACAAUAUCCAGGACAUUAUGCAUUUGUAAACCUUUCUGGAAAUUGUGAUUGAGCAUUGGAAGUAGUAGGAAUGGUUGUGUAACACUAAAUCUGUACUUAUUAAAAUUUCUUUUUAAAAAUAGUUAUGUAUUUUUAAGAAGGGCAGUCUUUUCUAUAGGUACUCAAAAUCCUACUGCCUUUGGUAAAGCUAGUUCUAAGAUUAAGCAUACAAACAAGCGUAGCCUCAAUUUACCUUAUGUAGUAACAUAAUACAAUAGCUUGCCAUUUUCAUUAUCCGAACCAAAUAACUUAUCUUUUCUCUUAGUUGUUCUUCCAGAUAUUGGCAUAAAUGUUGCAAUAUCUCACACUUGUGCGCCAAAUGUAUUAUUGUCAGUUCAAAUAAAUGAAGGUUUGUU